UGUUGCUGAUUCAAUCUGCGUAUGCAACAAAAAUUGAGAUUCUUACUACAUGUACCUUUCUAAAGAUAAGAAGUGAAAAUGUGGGGUUCAUAUAUUUUGUAGAAUUUAUCAUUUUUCAAAGUAAAGAUCUAUUUCGAUAAUCACAUGACUUCCGGUUUCGGUAUUACAUUUCUAACCAUAUAUCUUAUAUCAGUGAGAUUAGUGGAAAUGACAAAUGACAUACAUGUAGCGAUUAUAAAGAGGAAAUGAUCGACAAAUGUUCCAAGGACAAAAAAUAUCAGAAAUAUUUCGAAGCGUCAUGGUAUACCAGCUUUCUGUUUCCAUUUUUCUGUAUUGCUGCAUCUUACUCUGUGCAUCUUUAAAUUGCGAAAGAUUUGCAGAACAGAGGUGUUAUGAGGACUGCCAGUGGAGCAAAAUUAUCAAGAAGUGCAUUGAAUGUGGAGCUGGCUUUUAUGGAAUAAACUGUUCAACUCCAUGCAGAUAUCCCAAUUAUGGAAAAGACUGCCAACAAGAGUGUUCAGAAUGUGGUCAGGAAAAGUGCAAUUCAACACUGGGUUGUUUGUCAUCCGAUGUACUCAUUAGUCGAGAAUCACGAAUAAUGACUGGCGAAGACAAAGAAACUACCGUUACCGGUGUAACUUUUCUAAGUACCAAACAACAGUUAAAUCAUUCAAGUAAAGCUAAAGACGAAGGUACCUCAACAAAUCAAAAAAAUCAUAAAACAAACGUUGGGGAAAACUUGAAUAAAGGUCUUGGUAAUCGGAUAAAAAUAAACUGGCAAUUGAUGAUAAUAAUAUUAGCAUUACUUACAGUGCUCACAUCUACAUAUUUGGGAAAAUGUGUUCAUCGUCAUUGGAUAUCCAGAGCUCUGCAAGUUAGCAUCAGCAACACAUCACCAGCUAUAGCUCUCGGUGAGAUAAACCAAACCGAGAACUCCUACAACAGAUUUCAAACCACAGAGUACGAGGAACCCCAACGAUAUCAAACAACUGCAGGCGACGCUAUUGGUCAAAGUAGCAAUACCUUAAAUCACGAAAAUAGUCCAGAAUAUAUGGAAGCCGUGUCAUGUAGCUCUGAGAAUGAACCGAGGGCAAAAACGUUGCUGAAUUGGAUAAACACAAAUAAAAAAGAUCAAUGCGAAAACCAAUUGGAUCCUGGAGAACUGAAUGAUUUAUAUAUUACUCCAUGCAUGUAACGAUGUGUUGCAUUAUAAUGAUACUCGUGACAUUUAUUUUUUCUCUGGGUUUUAUAAGUUCGUUUACCAAUGUUUUGAUAUGUACAGAUAUCGUCGCGUUUUUGUUGUUAAUGCUGCGUUCAAUAGCGACGUUUUUUAUAUGCCCCUUAUAAAGAACCUUUUACAC